UUUUCCGAUGAUUGCAAGAUCACCUGAAAAAAAUAAGAAACAACAUCAUUGCGUCCGCUUCAGUCGCCAAAAUCAUCCCUAAAAUACAUGCGACCAGGUUUUUCAGGCACAGAGUUAUUACGUCAUAGAUCGCGUGGUAUUUAUAAAUCACUCCGACUGCAAGUCACAUUUUUAUUUGAAUGUUUUUUUCAUUUUCAUUUCCUUUUUAUUUAAAUUCUUAAUUGCCGUGCUAUCCAAUUUAAUGUGAACCGAUAACUGCGACAUUCAUUCACUAGAUUCUCGUGAAUGAAUGUAAAGUGAGGCAGACGAUGUUCUAGUGACGAGAACAUCGUCUGCCUCACUUUACGCGCAUGCGCCCCUGGUGCUGUCAUUUCGUCAUGGCUGACACUGGCUGGCCAGGCUGUGCGACGAGUUUGAAAGGUGUCAUACUGGACAUGUGUGGCGUUUUAUAUGACAGCGGGGAGGGCGACGGGGUCGCCAUACCCGGUUCAAUUGAAGCCGUUAAAAAGCUCAAGGCAUCUGACCUGCAGCUGCGCUUCUGCACCAAUGAGACUCAGGCCGCCAGAGAGAAGUUUGUCGCCACGCUUCAAAGACUGGGCUUUGACAUCCUCGUGUCGGAGGUCUUCUCUCCUGCACCUGCAGCCGUGGCUGUCCUUCAGGAAAGGGGUUUACGGCCUCACCUGCUCGUGUCUGAUGGACUUCUCCCCGAGUUUGACAGUGUUGACAAGACCAACCCAAACUGUGUUGUGAUUGGAGACGCAGCUGAACAAUUUACCUACCAGAACCUGAACGAUGCAUUCAGGGUCCUUACAGGCCUGGAGAAGCCAGUGCUGUUCUCUCUGGGCCAAGGGAAGUACUACAAAGAGACGGAUGGUUUGAAACUAGAUGUCGGGGCUUACAUGAAGGCUCUGGAGUACGCCUGUGAUUUAAAGGCGGAAGUAGUUGGAAAGCCAUCCGCAACAUUCUUCCAGAGUGUUCUCAAUGACAUGGGGCUUCAACCGCAUGAGGUACUGAUGAUUGGGGACGAUCUGGUGAAUGACGUGGGUGGGGCCCAACACUGCGGAAUGAAAGGCAUACAAGUCAGGACGGGCAAAUACAGGCCCAGCGACGAGAGGCACUCGACGGUGACGGCCGACGGCACUGUGGACGACUUGGCUCAGGCCGUGGACACGCUCCUCAAUCAAAGGCUCUGAGGACGAGGCAGCCGCCGCUGGAACCUCUCCUCUCACCGAGAUGCAGGCUAAUGUCUGGUGAUAUGUUCUGUUUCGGUCUUGAGUGAUGUUAUCAGAAGUAAGAAAAGAAGAGAAAAACAUCUAAAUACUGUGACUAACUGGGUGUUUCCCACAUUUGAAGGUGUAAUGAGAGGUGACAACCAUCUGAUCCUCCACACAUAUCUGAUGCAAAUAUGCAGAACUAUUACCCAAGUCUAGCAGAGAUAAGCUUAACACACUGUAUGUAUGUCAGUACGUGAUUGACAUAGAUUAGAUCCCUCAAGUUGACACCAAUAAUAAUCGGACUCCUGCUAAUGUGACACCCUGAUGCGCCACAUGAAGCCUGUUUGUAGUCUAACUGGAAAGGCCCUAUUAACAUGCAGCCGUAGUGUAUUUAACAUCUGGUUACAUGAAGGUGAGGUUGCUGUCGCUCACUUCCUUACAAUAAACCAAGGUGUGCUAGUAAUGCAAAUAUUGUAUCAAUAAAAACAUUUUCUAGCUGUUGAAAGCAUAAAGCAAA